GAAUCCUUGACUAAUUUGUAGUCCCACCUGUACAGAUCACCGAUUCCGGCACAUUUCCGAAGCUCGACUUGAUCUGAAGUCUUGCGUAGGCACCGUUCCAGCUUUACGGCAUGGCUAUGCCUAGAUUUGUGGCCGCUGUCGCGGUGCUAGGCUUGUUGAUCGUGAACGCGAACGCCUUCUACUCUCCGAACGGGCCGGUUGUGGAGCUCACGGCCAGCAAUUUGAAGUCCAAGGUCAAGAGUGCUGGCAUCGUGCUUACGGAGUUUUACGCGCCAUGGUGUGGACACUGCCAGUCCCUGAAGCCAGCUUGGGAGCAGGCCGCCAAGGCUCUCAAGGGCAUUGUUGCGGUGGGGGCAGUGGACUGUGACACACACAAGGAGGUAGCUGGGGAAUAUCGCAUCCAGGGCUUCCCCACCAUCAAGUUGCUAUACGUCGAUGACGCCACCGGGUCCAUCAAAUCGUUGGAUUACAACGGCGGACGUACCGCCAAGGAUCUAGUCACCUUUGCUCUGGACAAGGCCAAGUCCCUGGCCAUGAAGCGCCUGGGCGAGAAGGCUUCGUCUGGAUCCGGAUCCAGUUCUGGAUCUAGCUCUGGAUCUGGAUCUGGGUCGGACGGCUUUUACGGCGGUACGGAUGUGGUGACACUGACGUCGGACAACUUCCGUACCCAGGUGGUCAAGAGCAACGACCUGUGGCUUGUGGAGAUGUACGCGCCUUGGUGUGGGCACUGCAAGGCCCUUAAGCCCGCCUGGAUUGAGGCAGCUUCGGAGCUGGCUGGCAAGGUCAAAAUCGGAGCUGUGGAUUGCACCGCACACCAGACCGUUUGCUCAGAGUACGGCGUCCAGGGCUACCCCACCAUCAAGUUCUUCGGAGCGGACAAGCGCUCCCCGCAGGACUACCAGGGCGGCAGGGACAGCGGCUCCAUCGUGUCGUUUGCAAUGGCCAAGUUCGCGGAGCAGGUCCCUCCUCCGGAGCCGGUGGAGCUGACCAGUCAGAGCGUGUUUGAGUCGGAGUGUUUGGGCGACUCCUCCGGCGCCAAGGCCCGGAGGCUGUGCUUGGUAGCCUUCCUGCCCGACCUGCUGGACUCCAAGGCGGCGGGCCGCAACCGCUACAUCAACAUUCUCAAGAAGACGGCGGAGGCGUACAAGGACAAGCCGUACUCGUACCUGUGGGUCCAGGGCGCCGUUCAGGAGGGCUUGGAGUCCAACUUCGGAGUCGGUGGAUUUGGCUACCCAGCGCUGGUGGCUUUUAACCCGGCUGACAAGAAGUACACUGUUUGCAAGAGCGCAUUCGAGCUGAACCACGUCAAGGACUGGAUCGAGGCCAUGAGGAUGGGGGGCACCGGGGCAUUGCCGCUGCAGGGCUCCCUCGCAUCCAUAAAGUCCAUCACCCCGUGGGACGGUCAGGACGCCAAGGAGGAGGCGGCGGACGAGUUCGACUUGAGCGACAUUCUCAAUGAAGAGCUGUGAGGGUCCUCCAUCAUCGCCAUCACCAUCACCAUCACCACCAAUAACAGUCGCUGCAUUGCAUGGAGCUGUAAGGCCGCAGGCAGGCGGCGGGUAGCUGUUCCGUUUGUCGACAUGUGUCGUUAGGAGCCGCUGAGUGCACACUGCUGUUGGGCCUGCUUUGGCAACCCUUGCCGGGCCCCGGCUGCUGGGACUCUAUAGGAAGAGCGAGAGAGGAUGAACCAGUGGUUGCGUCCUUGGGUGGUGAUGUGUGCGUUUGUGUGUUUUGGGAGGGAAAGGUGUAAUGGUGAAUAAGGAAAGCGGAAGGUAUGGCUGCGCAUGCCCGAGUGUUAGCAGUAGGUUGUGUGGGGAAGAAAUGGAUUGCGCCAUCUUGUGUGGUGCUGUUCGUCCUUGAGCUGCCGUUGUGAGAGAGGCCGGAGGAGCGGGCCCGGUGUUAGGUGAACUAUACAAGGGAGUUCGAGGUGGUUGGCAAAAGGUGUAAGCGUGCGAAAGGGUUGACGUCCCUGGUAUGGGGGAGGGGUGGUGUGAUUGGGGCUGUUUCAGACUUGUUUAACUCCGGACCUUGCCGGGGUUUGAUAGCGUGUAUGACAGUACUUUGUCAAUCAGACAGCAGAGUCGGCUGGCCAUGGGAUAUAUGCCACAAGCGCGACAGAUACGAAGAGAUAGCGAGCGACUCAACGGCCGUUCAGGCAACUGUAUCUGAUGUAUUUGCGAGCUGUUAAAACUUUUAGAAUUUGACCUUAUGAGUACUGUUCAACAGAGAACCUAGCGAAGCAACCAUGAAACGCACCAUCAUUUU